AUGGCGUCCGGCUCGUCGAAUAAUCGUACAAUGGAGUCUCGUACUGGUAGAAGCAAACAACGCUACAACUCAAAGGGUGAACGAUUGGUAGCGGGAGUGGUACCUCUGACGGAGGAUAGAUUAUACGUAUUGCUCAUCCAAUCUACAAGAAGGAAAGGUUGGGUUCUUCCCAAGGGGGGUUGGGAAUCGGACGAAGAAUGUACAGAGGCCGCCGAACGCGAAGCUUGGGAAGAAGCCGGUAUUAUCAUCCGUAUCGACUAUGACCUCGGCGAAGUCAUUGACUCGCGCCCCCCCAAAAAGCUGUCCAAGGAAGCGCCAAAAGCAUUAUAUCGUUUUUACGAAGCUACAGUCGUGUCAGAGGAAAGUAACUGGCCCGAGAAGCACAAGAGGGAGCGUCAGUGGUUCACGUAUUCCGAGGCGAAGGAGGCCCUUUCCGACCGACCCGAGCUCUCCCAAGCUUUGGAACUAUCCACGAUGCACAGAACUUAG